CGCGGAGUUGUUUUGCGCGUUCGUGCGGCGGGCGUACGACGACGAGGCGCUGCUCUUUUUUUUGUAUUGUCGAAGGUGGUUGAAGUACGAGUGCGCGUUGAUGGCGAGACGAGGGGAGCGGGUGAUGCGAACGGACGAUUUAGGACGCGCGAGAGCGGAGAAAGGGCGCGCGAAUCACAUCGACGCGGGCGUGCACGCGUGCGACGUGUCGUUGGACGCCAAACAAGCGACGACGGUGGUGCGUUCGAUUUUCUAUGGCGUCACGAGCGAAGGGGAGAGGCGAGACGCGUCGUUUUUAUACGCUACUGUGUGUGCGAUGAUUGAAGAUGCGUUCAGCGCAGAUGCGACGGCGAGUUGGGCGACGCGGAGCGACGUCGACGGCGCGGACGCGACCAAGGCGGUGAUUCGCAUCGACGGUUACAGAUUACUCAAAAUGUUACUGUCCGUAUUCGUGGACACGACCCCGCCUGCGGACGCGUUCGUGGGGAAACCGAUCAAGACGCAGUCGAAAGCGUCGCGACGCGAAGCGGCGACGCGCGAUUUGAGCUCGGCGAUGGAGACGGUGGAGGUACGACCAAAACCGAAAUUGCCUCCGGCAGCCGUCGCCACGGCGAAACCAGAACCGAGCCCGACGCCGAGCGCAGAGGCGACAAAGGAAAUAGCUCUUUACCACGCUACCUUGCGCGCGGCCGUGACGGACGCGGUCGGGAAAUACGCCGCCGCGUUGUUCCCGAAGGAAGUUCCCAAACAAUCCAUCGACGAGGCUCAGACGAAGCUGGACGCCUUGGCGCAAGAUCUGUUGACGAAAAUCAUCGACGACGACGCCGAGAUCGUCGAUGAGGCGCCGAUGGCGUGCAAAUCUUACGCACGCGCCAAGGAAUCGAUCCGUCAAGGACUCGGAACUCCCGGCGCGGAGUCGCCCGCCGUCGGCGCGUCGUCCACGCGCGACGUCGCUCGCGCCAUACUCGCCACGCCCGCGAUCAAGCGCGCCGUCGAGCCCAUGCUCAAGCUCGCGGUGCAAUCGGUGAAAACGAUGUCCGCGACGAAUCGUCCCGUGCCUGUACCACGAAUGGAUCGUGAACCCGAGCCGUCGU